GGGAAGAAGUACCACAAGGUGUUAUUGUGUGAUCAUGAACCCAGCAAAGGAAUGGAAAACUAUUCUAGGAAGAAUCCUUACCAUCUACAUCCCUUUGAUCUUUGCCGGAAGCUGUCUUAUCUCUGCAUGAAGAGCAGAAAACAAGGGAUCUUGCAAACACCACAAAGGAUUUCCCGAGAAGUUGAAAUACUCAAUUGCAGAUCAUCUCAAUAUCAUUCACCAACUGUGAUCAGCAGUAGAAGGUUCAAAAGUUUACAAGAGGAAGAACUUGAAACAAAGGAAGAAAAAACAGUUUCAUUCUUAGCCCCCUUUGAUAAAAUGCUGGGUGUAUUCAUUGGGAUCCUGGCUCUUGCCAGCACUUGUCAAGGGGCAAGUUUGAUCAAUCCAGUGCCACAGGCCAUGGACUCAGGAAAGCCUUCAAUUCCAGGGAUCCCAUCAGCAGAGCAAAAGCCACCAGUCCAGGCAGCAAACAUGCCUCAGAUCCCCCAUCAGGAGGCCCCAAGACCUGUGCUUCCAGGCCUGGUCAUGAACAGUACCCAGCAGCAGCAGCAGCAGCAGAUGCCAUCAGCACCCAGGAUAAUGCCAGUGAUGGCCAAUGUGACUCAACCUGAGGCCAACCUCACCAGAGUGAAGAGAGCAGACCCCACCAACCCCUGUGACCCCUGCUUUGAUCCCUGUGCCACCAAGGACCCCUGUGCCACUGAGAACCCGUGUUUGCCACUGUGCACCAAGGACCCAUGUGCUACCACUGACCCCUGUGCCACUCCUGACCCCUGUGCCACCACCCCUGACCCAUGUGCCACCCCUGACCCCUGUUUGCCCAUCUGCACUGCAGACCCCUGUGCUACUACUGCUUGUUCUUGAAACUUUUCCUGAUUCCAUGUCACAGAAGAAGAAUAAAGAGAAAUAUGCAAGCAA